UUGACCAGUAACUAUGAUUUAUUGGGCGAUGUGGAGACUGAGGGAUAUGAGGGAUUCAAAAAUGCGGUUAACGAAGAAGAAAUCGAGAACUUUAAUGAAGUGAACCUAGAGACCAAUGAGGUGCCCUCCAAAGAUUUUGUGGAUAAAGCUAACUUACUGAGGGAGCAGCAUAGAGCGCUGCGUGAUGGAUAUGACAGGCUACAUAGGAUCGCUGCUCGAGGAACAAACAAAGAAUUUAUAGAGCCCAAAGUGCAAGGUCUAUGGCGUAUAGCUGCGGCGGCAAACUUCACUGUCGAUGAACUGGCCUCUUUCAAGGUUGAACUGCAGCAUUACGAGUCUAGACUCUAG